AUGGCCGAUGUUCCUGGAACAUCGAAAUCGGGCCAACGUUUUCAGUCUCGCGGGUUCGAGACGUCCAUAGAUGUCGCCCGCCGACAAGCUUACCACGUAGCUCCGGUAGCCGGAUACAAAAGACCAUCAACUGAGCAACCUGUUGAAUCACUCAAGUCUGUCGUCCUGCGGGGACCAAAUGAGACCGAGGAGAUCUUGGAAUCGCCUUUGGAAUUCGCUCGAGCCUCGUUGGCCCCUUCCGCUAAUCGUUUUACGGCCAGUCAGAUUCAUCCUGGUCCAGGAGCAUCAGCCCCCCAUGAUGGACAACAAAGGAGCGUGUCAACCGCCCCAGGGUCCAGCCAGAAUCCUCUGUUGUCGCUCACCAAUCCAAAGUAUGGCCUGCCCGCCUCACUGACAGCCAACUUUGCUGCCUUAGGUGUCCACACGAUCUAUGCUUGGCAGGCAUCCUGUUUGUUGGCUCGCGGUCUACUAUCGGGUGAGCGGCACCUGGUCUACACAGCCCCCACCGGUGGGGGUAAAUCUUUAGUGGCCGACGUUUUACUGCUCAAACGGAUCAUCGAGAAUCCUACCCGCAAGGCUAUCCUGGUCUUGCCCUAUGUUGCCCUUGUCCAAGAGAAGUUGAAAUGGAUGCGUCGAAUUGUGCAAGACGUCGAGAAAAACGUCCCCGAAGAAGAAGAAGAAGAAGAAGAUGAUGAUGAUGAUCACGAAUCACAUUUUCCCCACAAGCGAUGGAAACGACUACAGAAAAAUAUCCGAGUUACUGGAUUUUUUGGCGGAAGCCGGACGACGGCUACCUGGGCUGAUACCGACAUUGCUGUUUGUACAAUAGAGAAGGCAAACUCUUUAAUAAAUAGUGCAAUCGAGGAGUGCAGCAUUGGAGAUCUGGGAGUCGUAGUACUCGAUGAAUUACAUAUGCUUGAUGAUGAGCACCGAGGAUACCUCCUGGAGCUGAUGGCCACCAAACUACUUUUGCUGCAGCAGGAUAUCCAGAUCGUCGGCAUGAGUGCUACGCUUUCUAACACGGAAAUGCUGGCACAAUGGAUGAAUGCCAAGUUCUACAUUUCAACUUAUCGGCCGGUUCCCAUUGAUGAGUAUCUGGUCUACGAGAACUCAAUCUAUCCAGCGGCGACAUCGAGACAACUAUUUCAAACAGCUUCCAAACUGACUGUGACAUCUUCCUUCUUACAGGACACGAUACUUCCUGCUCGAAUCAUUGAACCUUCAUCUUUCAAGGAGCUCAGUAAUUCUGCGACCAAUUCCAUGAUAGCAUUGGCAGUUGAAACGGCGGCAGCAGGCUUUGGCGCAUUGGUUUUUUGUGGUAGUCGAGGAGCAUGUCAAAUACAUGCUGCCACUAUCAGCGAAGCUAUGCCUCUACCAUUAGCAGGGUCGGAUGAAAUGAGCAAUCGCGUUGAUCUCAUUGCUGAGCUGCGGAGUCUCGCAUGUGGAUUGGACUCAGUGCUGCAGAACACUGUCAUUAAAGGCACAGGAUUCCACCAUGCCGGAAUGACAACAGAAGAGCGAGAGCUGAUUGCACAAGCUUAUGAUCGAGGCGUGCUAAAAGUGCUUGUGGCCACCUGCAGUCUUGCUGCUGGGGUCAAUCUCCCCGCUAGGCGAGUAAUCAUCAAUGGUGCUCGAAUGGGUCGAGAACUGGUCGGCCCGGCAAUGCUACGUCAAAUGUGUGGACGGGCAGGACGCAAAGGCAAGGAUGAGUCUGGGGAGACCUAUCUCAUUUGCGUCAAAGCUGACAUGGAAGCUGUGUGCGACUUAUUGGACGCUGACAUGCCAGUAAUUGAGAGCUGCUUGGCUCCCGAGAAGAGAGGUCUGAAAAGGGCAUUACUCGAGGCCAUAGCGAUUGGCUUGGUAUCUGGAACCGAGGCAAUAAAAGAGUAUGUCCGGUGCACACUUCUGUACUGUACGCUCGAUAAAAAGAUUGCCUACAGGAUCAUGAAAUCGGCCUUGCAGGAGCUUAUUGACGAACAACUCUUGCUUUACAGAGAUGAUGAGUCCUACGAAGCAACCCUCAUAGGACAAGCCAUUGUGGCUUCUGCAUUUUCUCCCGAAGAUGGUCUCUUCGUUCAUGAAGAGCUCAAGCAAGCAUUACAAGCUUUCGUCAUGGACGGCGAUAUGCAUAUUUUCUACAUGUUUACCCCUCUGCAGGUUGCUAUGAGCACGCCAAUUGAUUGGCAGAUCUUUCGCUCUCAGCUGGACCAUAUGGAUGACAGCGGUCUCCGAGCGCUACAAUUUGUCGGCGUCCACCCAGGAUUUGUUAACACAAUGGUCCAAUCUGGAGCAUCAUUGAAAGAAACAACCCCCGCACAGCUCAAACAAGGCCGCAUCUACCGACGAGCAUAUACGGCUUUCCAGCUCCGUGAUCUAAGCAACGAGGUCCCCCUCUCGACAAUUGCCCAGCGGUACAAGAUUCCCCGAGGCACAGUCCAGACACUGGCACAGCAAUGCCACGGGUUCGCAGCUGGAAUUGUCAAGUUCUGUCAACGUAUGAAUUGGGGCAUGCUAGCAGCUGUGCUGGACCACAUGCGCGAUCGACUUGAAACAGGGUCCCGAGCAGAUCUUCUUGAAAUGGCGCAAGUUACGUUUGUCAAGAGCUGGACGGCUCGAUUGCUUCGUGAUAAUGGGUUCAAGAAUCUACGCGCUCUGGCGGAGGCUGAUCCCAAGGAUUUGGUGCCUGUUCUCAUGAUGGUCAAUCCUCGCAAGGCUCAAAAAAGUCAGCUUUAUCCUGGAGAAGCGGAGAAAUUUGCUGCGAAGUUGUUGACCAAGGCGGAGACUAUCAUUACCUCUGCGAAUAAGAUAUGGGAUCGAGAACUUCAGGUUGAAUUGGAGGAAUGA